AUGGAGGAGUUCUUCCCGCGGAAGGUUAUGUAUCGGUCGACCAAUACGCUGCCCGUUCGGCGCGAACCGUUAUCAUCUUCGUACGGUGCGGUUAUUCCCACGGGUGUGGCACGUCGGAAUGCCCGACCCCUCGAGGGGCGGCGGUACGCGAGACCACGGUCGCAGGAUGACUCCAGCGAUCUCGACAGCGGUGGUGAGAGCGAUUGCGAAGGAAGGGGCAGCCGGGGUCCUGGUGAUGACCGCAGGCGGGAGGGCGGAGAGGAGAGCGGGUUGCGGGAGUCCGAUGGCAGCUCUGGGCGAGGAAGCGGCGGGGGAACUCGUGCUGGAGCCACGGCCGAUGACGGCGACGGCCGCGAACCACCGGCGCUGAACACAGUAUUGACACCAACAGCAUUCGCAGAGGAAGCGCAAGCGGUUGCCAAGCCGACAGCGAGGACAGAGAUCGCGGCGAGAGCGGCGGCGGCGGCGGAUAGAAGGGCGGCGGCGGCGGCAGCAGCAUCGGAUGCGGCAUCAUCGGAUGCGGGAGGGGGCCAGCAAACCACCACGACGGCGGGCGCCGGUUCCUUGGGGGCAGCGCAGUCAGGAAUCGUGUUGUCGGAUACCGCCUUCUUAGUGGGGGCUACGCAGUUGGGAUCAGCGGCCGCGAACGGAGGAGCGACGGCAGCAACAGGCGGCUUAUUUCCCGAGGCGAUGGCUGUCGGCGAGGAGACCGAGACAGCUGUAGCAGCGGCGGUGGGCGGUGUAGCGGCAAGCGCGGAAGAUACACUUGCUAACUCAAGCGCCGUAGCCGACGAAGAGGUCGAGGGGACCGAAGGACUCCCGCCGCGGACGGGGGGGCUACGCUGCCGUGGCGUCGGGGUCGGAGACGCCGGCAGGGACACCUUCAGGCGGCAGGCGCUGUCAACGGUGCUCGGGAGCGGGCUCAGGACCCAACGGCUGAGGAUGGGUUGCGUGUCCAACUCAGGGACGGGCUCCGGCGUGGUGAGGGGGCACCCGGCCAGCCAGGGCCUGCAGGGUAGGAUCGCGGGCGGGGUGUCGUGCAUGGAGUUCGACUCCGUGGGGUGGCAGCUCGCCGUUGGGGGCGAGAACGUCACGGUGUACGACUUCGACCGCUACCUGCCCGAGAACCAGCAAGUGAAGCGCACACUCGAGUCGGGGGUUCGGGCGUACCUGCAGCCUACCGACGGCAUCCAGACCAAGCGCACGGUGUCGUGCGUUCGGUGGAACCCGGCAAACGGAGAUCAGGGCCAGGUGACAGCGUCCCAUAGGGGCGGAGGCGCGUCCCGCGCGGCCGUUACCGCCGUCUGCUGCCUCACCCCGGACGUCGUCCUCGUCGGCACGGACUCGGGCCAGCUCGCCACCUACUCCCUCAACCUCCCCGUGGUGAAGAACUUCAGGUCAUCCAAGAGCGCCGACCAGAAGCGGGCCUGGUCUCUCGCCGCGUCCACGGUCUGGAACAAGGCCUCUGGCGGCGCCGCCUCCGGCGCCGUCUCCGGCGGCGCGAACUUGUACGUCCAGUUCCUGCGGCUAAGCCCGGAGCACGGGGCCGGCGUCGUCAUGUGCGGGCUCCGCAGCGGCCGGGUGGUGGUCUUCGACACCGGGGCCGGUCGCGCGCUAGGGGUCACGGAGCCCCACCGGGGGGCGAGCAUCGGCUACUGCCCCGCCCCUGCCGCGGCCCCCGUCCCCGCCUCCGCUCCCGCCCCCGAGGGCGGUGGAGCGGAACCGAUUGAAGGCGUCGCUCCGCUGGCGGAAGGGGAAGGGGCGUCGGACCCGUACGGCGGGGGGCACUGGGGGCCCGUAGUGCUGGCCUGCUGCAAGGAGGGGGAUGGGGGGGGGGAGGAGCUGGUCGUGCUCUCGACGUCGGCGAGAGCGGCGCUCGACUCUGGGCAGCAGCGUGGCGACCGCGGCGGGGGGGGGGGGGACAGGGGUACGAAGAGGCCCAGGAGGAAGUCCGGGCUUAGGCCCGGUCGCGGGUGGGAGAUCGGGGCCGCCGGGGGCGGCGGCUUCCUGCUGGAGGAGUCCGAGGGCUACGACCUGUGUCUUCCCGUGGGGGUCGUGGAGGCAAACCCGGGGCGUCGCAGGGGGACGGUCGAAGACCACCGCGGCUCGGAUGAACGCGAAACCUGCGGUGAUGCCGGUCGCGGAACGGAACGGACCACCGCGCACUCCGGGGGUGACGCGCUAGAUGAAACCGCCACCGCCACCGCCACCGCCGCCGCCGCCGCCGCCGCCGCCGCCGCGGCCGUUCCCGCCGAAGGCAUGGCCGCUGCCGCCGCCGCGAGCUCGGAACAGCCACAGCCAAAAGAAGAACGGCGGGAGCCGCGGUGGGAUCGCGCGUGGCGGCCGAACGGGGUUCGAGUGUUCGCCAAGCUCCGGGCGGUGUUCGGAGACAAGCGGCACGAGUCGGAGGCGGCGGCGCAGCCGCCGCCCCCGUUCGCGCUGUACCAGGUCGUGGCGAGGGCAAAGCUCGACAUGCCGGUGACCGCGAUAACGUCACACCCGCGCAUGAAUUUUGUGCUGGUGGGGCUGUCGGACGGUACGGUAGCCGCGGUGUUGCCUCGAGGAUAA